UGGCAACUGGGUACAAAUUACAAAGGUCGCCAUUGCAUCAUAAUAUGGUCAUUUGGGUUCUAAUUAGCUAAAUCACUUGAUCUCAGUUAUUGAGAUACCAUGUUCAUCAUGGGGACAGGUCACCUGAGUACCUGCAAUUAAGCACAUAAGGCUUACGUGAUCUUAAGUAAUUGCAGGUACUUAGCCCUGUCAGUGCUUGUCUCGUGCAUCAAAUUAUGUUGUCAACCUUACGUACUUUGUUCCACAUUAGCAUAUUGUCAUGUUUACUCCACUAGUCCGGACAUAGGUAAUAGACCGUGCUCCAUUCCACGUGUAGUACUUAGCUGUCAUGACGAUACAUUUAUUACUUCCGACCCUUCCCAUAAUCCCUCGAGUGUCCCGUGAUCCUCUUAUGCGACAGGUGCCGGCGGUUCGUUGAAUGGUUAAUGACUUAGUUGAUGGAUAAUCGCUUGUACUGACUAGUCAACUGCCUUUCAACCACAGAAAAUUCUUCUUGUAGAACGUCAUGACGGGAGUGCUAGCAACAAAGCUAUGUAACCGGACCCGGCCAACCCUCUUGCAUACAGUCAGUCCUGUUUGUUUAGUCCUUUGUGAAUGUUUUUCCAGCAAUAUUUACCUAGUUCGUACAAGAGAGGUCGUCGCCAUUUGCAGUGUGCCAUGUUAUCAGUGCCGCAGCAUUUAACCCGGAAUUCCUCGGUGUGUGUUAUCUCGCGUUACUACGCAAUUUCGCCCUUAAGUGGAAAGUUGCCACCUCAAGUGCCACCCAGGACACACAGGCAGUUGUUCUAAGAUGUCUACAGUUCAACUACACGUCGUCUAAAGACAACUUCUGCCGUCUUGAGAAGUGAGGUGAGUAUCCGGAUCAGUGACUGCCUGUUACUACCCACUGUGUUGACGAUACACGGCACCGGUAGAUGAGGACGUGAACACCCAGGUAGAGUCGCUUUCACUCGGAACGAUGUCUUACCGAAGACACCUGCGUCUGAGGCUUGAGAAUGAUCCGAAGAAUGGGGGAAAGAAGAAGCUCAAGCUAGUCGGAAAAGAUUUGUCCGGGGGCCUCCCCUAUGACCUGUUUGACCUCUCUGAGCUCGAAGUUCUUGAGCUGAGCCCAGAGCGCCAGUCGUGCUUGUUGUACCGACUGGAGAAACUACCGAAGGAGAUCGGAAGGCUAGUGAACCUUAAGGUUCUGGUUCUAGAUACGAACGAGCUGAGAGAAGUACCGGCCGAAAUGAGCAACCUGCGGCACCUGGAGCGUCUUACUCUCAGUAACAACAGGCUGAAGUCCCUACCCCGGGAUUUCUCAGACCUGAAGAGCCUUCAAAGCCUCCACCUUGUUAACAACCUGUUUGAGGAGUUUCCUCUUGAAGUCUGCUACCUGGAAAGUCUGACCUUUCUGGACGUUAGUGACAACAAGUUAACGGCUCUACCCACCGAGGUGUCUUACAUGGGAAAACUGGAGACUUUCCUUCUCUUCUUCAACGAGAUAAGGAGUCUACCAGACAGUAUUUGUAAGAUGAAGACUCUGAAAACUUUGUGGCUUGGGAAAAACAAGCUGACGACGCUGCCGAAACAUUUCGGGCGUCUGAAGAACCUGGACUGGGGCUACCGGCAGCACUCGUCCAACAUCGACGGGAACCCACUCCGCAAACCACCGAUGGAGAUCUGCAGGAGGGGUCCGGAGGACAUUGGCAGGUAUUUUGCAAUGAAGGAAGGAUGGAAAGAGGGUGACCCGGACUCAGACUAUGACGAAAGUCAAGAGAGAGACCCUGAAGAAGACGAGAGAAAGGUCUCGAGGCACACGCACAAUGGACAGAUGUGAACUAUUACUGUGUCAUCGAGUAAUCUCAUAUCAGAAUAUUUUGUGGAGUAUAAUUGGUUUAUAGGUACAUACAACUUCUAGUUGCAUUUAUAGUAGUACAUACAGCUUCUAGUUGUAUUAGUAGUUACAUACAACUUCUAGUUGUAUUAGUAGUGAGAAGACAACGACGAAAACACUGUUUCUGAUAUGUCCGUCCAGCAGACUGGGGAUUUUUCUGGCAGAAAAACUGUGCAACUUAAAUGUUUCAUCGAUUUUCCAUGUCCUAGUCAAAUUCAAGUUUGAUGUAUUGCAAUAGAGUGGUUCUUUGAUCUGACUUGCCACGCCGCUAUAUAUGCUGUUCCUGAGUUUUAAAGCUACAUUUUGUGGAACUGGUAAUGCAUAAUACAGUGUUGUGCUUUGUAACUUUUUUUGUAUGUUCGGGGCGAGUAUGGGGUUUCAAUUUGAAAUCUUAUAGUCGCUAUAAAUGAAUCGGGCCAUGUAGCGCCAUUAUAGUUGUCACAUCAUCCGACAGCGACAAUUGUCCCAUGGAGGGCCGUCAAACACCGCCCAUUCUAACAAGUGUUUUUGUGCCCUCCGUCUCCGUUAUUGUGAUCGAUAGUCCGAAACUGUUUGGUGUAGAUCGUACCGAUCACCCUUCAUGGCACCCAUGUGCAAAUACGGCUCCUGGCAACACGCUUGUUAUGGAUACCUUAGUGAAAUCACCAAGGAAACGCCAGGAAGGUGUGGAAUAAAGUGGCAGUGAAGUAUAACAAUGCUGGUGGAAAAUGGUGAUUGUGUGAUGUAGGGUAAUAGUUAGCCUGACUAAGGUGAUGGUUCUGUAUCGGUAUCGGUAUAGCCGGUAUAACCGCCCUUCGGCGUAACACACGCACCACAGCCUGUUCUAUUCUAGUAUAUGAACGCUUAAAUCGUCACGGUGGCAGCAUAUGACAUAUGUGAGGUCAUGACAGGCAAACAAGCCUUGGCGAAUUGGGACACGGCCAUUUAUUUUGUAAUUUUUCAUUCUGAAAC